AUGGCUGGGCUCAAGUACCUGAGUGGAUUUGGUAAUGAGUUCUCAUCUGAAGACCCUUGCUGUCCAGGAGCCUUACCUGAAGGUCAGAACAACCCUCAGGUGUGUCCCUACGGUCUCUACGCUGAACAACUCUCCGGCUACACUUUCACCUACCCACAGCCAACCAAUAAGAGGAGUUGGUUCUACCGUAUCCUGCCGUUUGUCCGUCACAAGCUGUACACCGCAAUGCAUUGUGGGAGCCUAACAGAGAAGUGGGAUGAAGUGGAACCUGACCCUAACUAGCUGCAAUUGCUGCCAUUCAGCAUCACCAAAUCCAUUAAACCCUCUGGCUUUCCAUGAUAGCGAUUAGCUGGUCUGCAAACCCUAUGUGGAGCAGGAGACACUAAGUCCCACAACGGGAUCGGCAUCCACAUGUUCACCUGCAACACCUCCAUGGUUGACAGUUGUUUCAACAACUCAGACGGAGAUUUUCUCAUUGGUCAGUCAAAUAUGCCUUUGAUUCUGCAGGGGGAGAUUCUGGUCACUACAGAGUUUGGGAAGAUGAUGGUGGAACCCAACAGGAUCUGCGUCAUCCAGAAAGGAAUGCGUUUCAGUGUGGAUGUGUUCGGGGAGACCAGAGGCUAGGUGUUGGAGGUGCACCGACCUGGGACCCAUGUGUGUGUGACACCCGUUCAUCCCUCCACGUGUCAACGCCUUGUCAACUCUCUGACUCCGGUGGCGUGGUAUGAGGACUGCGAGGUAGCCACAGGCUACACUGUCAUCAACAAGUACCAGGGCAAGCUCUUCUCCAGCCAACAGGAUUUCUCUCCCUUUAACGUGGUGGCGUGCAACUAUACACCGAACAAAUACAACCUGGAGAACUUCAUGGUAAUCAAUUGUGUGGCCUUUGAUCAUGCGGAUCCUUCCAUCUUCACGGUGUUGACGGCCAAGUCCACUCGUCCAGGAGUUACCAUCGCUGACUUUGUCAUCUUCCCCCCGCGCUGGGGAGUGGCUGACCACACCUUCAGACCCCCCUACUACCACAGGAACUGUAUGAGUGAGUUCAUGGGGCUGAUUAAGAGCCUGAGGCCAAGGAGGGCUUCCAGCAUGAUGACCCCUCACGGUCCUGACGGAGACUGCUUCGAGAAGAACAGCAUCACUCCCCUCAAACCAGAGAGGGUGGCCGGGGGUCCAUGGUAACACACACGAUGUGAUCACAAUUCUCGAACAGCUACCUUCAUGUUUGAGUAGUCGUUCAGCAUGGCGGUAACUAAGUGGGGCCUAGAGACGUGUCAGAGGCUGGACAAGAGCUACUGACAGCCACUCCGCAAACACUUUAACCCCAACUGGAGGCCCAGCAAACAGUAGAGCAGAGGCAGAACAGUCAUUACUUCCCCUAGAUCACCAGAAAAUCAUCUAGGAUUUAAUGUAACACGACUACACUGUGGCUCAAUACAUUUUAUACAAUGGCAUUGUUGAAUACUCAUUUUUGAUUGGCUUGAAGGGCAUUCUAGAGCUUGCAUUAUUUCCCUAUAAAGCACAGUAGCAGUGUAAAUCAGCAUGGUAGAAUUCAAUGGUUCUAGUUCAUUCUUACAUGUUCUAUGUAUGAGCUGCUGUUGAAAGCAGAAGUCGAAUUGAAUUGCCAUUGUUGAAUUAGAUUUUCAUAAUAGCGAGCUAGGACUGAUGGUUUGGUUAGCUAAACCAGCAAGUCUGUUUGGUUACCAAGGCAACUAAUGUAGCUAUCUAGUAAACUUGCUACCUACUUCAGUGGAUGUUCCAACUGGAAAAUAAUGCAACUACGUGGAAGGUAAGUGUCACUCCGCUAUUGCGCCGUGGAACACACCAACGUCGUUCAUUCCUUUUCCUUAGAACGAAUAGCCUCUUGUUGAUUAUCCCUUAGAUAUCACUCACAGCGUAAUAUUGAGUGCUUGGUUAAUUUGUUCUAUGCUCGUUUCUUUGACCAGUUCAUUGAUAAAAAAUUGUACUGGACAGAAAUGAAUGA